AGUAAUACCAACUCCUCGGAAUCUACGCAACUGCCUCUUCGUCCAAGAAAACACAUUACUCAGCUUCGCAUGCAGAGUGUGAAAUUAUAUCUUGUUCCAUUUCUCUAAUUAUUAACCUUUACUUUAACCAAUCAUGCAGACACGCACUGUUUCUUCGUCUUGUAUAACAACAGAGAGAAACUUCACUUCUCACUCUCAGUCUCAGAGAAUCAUUACUCAAGUGUCUCCGCCAUGAAACCGCAGCGGCAGAACGUCUCGAAGGGUGGUCUAACCAUUUCUCGGCGCGUUACGCGAUCCAUGACCACAUUUGAUCGAAACUCAUUGACGCUUCCUGUUGAGGUUGUUACAGAGAUAUUCUUGAGGUUGCCGUUGAAGUCUAUAGCGAGAUGUCGUUGUGUAUGCAAGCUCUGGUCGUCUAUACUUCGCAGUCAAGAUUUCACAGAGUCGUUCCUGACCAGAUCUACUGCUUGCCCUCGGCUUAUGUUCGCAUUUCAAGUUCACUCUGAAGUUGUCUUGUUCUCGUCACCUCAGCUUUCAAAUCCGGAAGAGAACUCGUAUGUGUAUGUUGUAGCAACCAAACAUCUUGCGCUUUCCCCAUAUUUCUCUCGAAACUAUGUUUGUUCUACCAAUGGAUUCUUCUGUGAUAAAACUUACGUAAUCUUGAAGGAGGAGAAAUAUCCAGGGUUUGCUCCGGUGAUACGUAACCCCAACACGGGACAGUCCUUGACCUUACCAAUAUUGAUCUCGAAAAAGAGGUAUGGUGUGCAAAGCUAUAUAGGAUAUGACCUGAGCUAUCUUGGAUAUGAGCCCAUUGCGAAAGAGUUCAAGGUGUUGUCGAUGAUUAAGUCGCGUGUAAGUGAUGAGUGGAUCUCUGUGGAUCACCAAGUUCUGACUUUAGGAACCAAGAAUUUGUCAUGGAGGUUGGUCGAAUGUUGCAUCCCACAUUAUUUUUCUGAUAAGUGGAUAUGCAUCAGUGGCGUUUUGUACUAUGCAGCUAAAGUCAACGGUAUGUCCCGGUAUUCCAUGGUAGCUUGUUUUGAUUUGAAGUCUGAGAAAUUCAGUUUUGUGAAGUUGAUGGAAACUUUCAAUAGAGUAAUGGAGGUAUCAACGACAAUGGUAAACUACAAUGGCAAGUUAGGCUUGCUUCUGUCGAGGGAUGAUUCUGUCGAUGUUACUCGAGCAAGUACAAGUUUUGAACUGUGGGUUCUACGAGAUGCUGCAAAACAUGUGUGGUCCAAGCAUGUUUAUAUGUUACCUGCUCUUUGGAAGGACGUGGUUGAAGAAAGAAUGGUCAUUGCUGGAAUGGUUGGUACAAAUGUAAUCGUUUUGUCCCCGUGGUGGCCAAAAGGGCCUGCCUAUGUCAUCUACUACAAUGUUGAGAGAAAGACGAUCACCAAAGUUGGAAUCCAAGGAAUGGAAGCGUAUCAGCGUAAGAGUUUUCACAUCUGUCUCAACUAUGUUGAGAAUGUGGAGAUUCUUUAA